UGGAAACCCAUUGCCAUAGCCAGCUCUUCUUCAAUACCUAAGGACUUAGUACGGAGUUGAGUAAUGAGAAUUUCGAAACCAUAUUUGAGAAGUACUUCCAUCCAGUGCUCCUUGUGUUUACUUCUAAAUAGUCAUUUUUUAACAGAGGCUGCCAUUCGUGUCUUCAUUUUUGGCUGUAUCAGUGCAGGUCUUCCUAAAACAGAGGCCAACUGGCACGAUGUAAUAAGUGACCUGAAAAUAAUUGAAGAGCUUAUUCAAUCUAUACAUAUUGAUGCUUCCUUAUACACUGAAAGUGAUGUGCACCCAAACUGCAAAAUAACAGCAAUGAAGUGCUUUCUCCUGGAGUUACGAGUUAUUUUAUAUGAGUCCAGAAUUGAGCCUCUUAAUGACACCUUAGAAAACAUUAUCUUCUUAGCAAAUAGCAGUUUAUCUUCUAACGAGAAUAUAACUGAAUCUGGAUGCAAAGAAUGUGAGGAACUGGAAGAAAAAAAUAUUAAAGAAUUUUUGCAGAGUUUUGUACAUAUUGUACAAAUGUUCAUCAACCCUUCUUGAUUGCGAUUGAUCCUUUUCAGUGUUUCUGUUAUUAACAAACACCGUCCUGCUGCUUAGAGACAACAAAACACUCUGCAUUUCAAAUGUGCCGCCCAGGCAAGUUUUUCUAACAAGAUGAUGAUCGGGAUCUCAGAUCAGAUGAAUUCUUAGAA